CUGGGCCAGACAGCUGGAGGUUGCUGUCGGAGCCACCGCGGGAUCUGGAGAGGCUUGCGAGGACGAGUUGGCGCGCAUUUUACCGACACAGCUCAGCAGCGCGGCGUUUCUGCUGUGGGACAGCCUUACAGAUUUGGCCAAAGCUGACUACAAUACGGCGAAAGAAAAACUUGGUGCGGCUUUUGGGCAGAGACAGGCGCUGGAGCGCUUCAGGACCAGCCUGUCGGCGCGGACCCGAGCAGCCGGAGAGAGUCUGCAGGUGUACGCCGCGGACGUGAGUCGGCUCGUGGUGGCGGCAUUUCCUCAGUACGGCGACGCGGCGCAACGUGAGGAAAAGUUCAGACGGUUUUUGGCUGGUCUGGACCCUGGAUUAAAAGCCAAGUGUUUGGAACAGGGCGCCACUGAUUUGGAGGAGGCUUUAAUUGUCGCGGAGAGGUGUGAGAACGAGAGAGAGGCUCUGCAGAGAGAUUGUGUGGCUCCUCUCAGCCGCAUUUCCUGCGCUGGAGGAGAGCUAAAGGUGCAGUCUGUGUCUGCUACAGACGAGCUGCGGAAAGUGAUGAACCAACUAACAAACGACAUGCAUCAUAUGAGGAUGGAAAUGAAGGAGCUUUCUGACGAUAAUAAGAGGCUCAGAGAUGCACGCUGCAGAGGGGAGCUCACAGCGACCCGCUGUGGCUGCACCUGCGGAAGGAGGGGCUGCCAGGCCCGCGGAGCUCCUGAACGACAUCAUAGCCGCUCUCCUGACAGAGAGCCACCCCGUUCCCAGUGAGACUUCAUGUCUUACAGGCGGCAGCGGCACUUGGAGUCACCUGCAGAAUCGAGAGCAUGGAGAGGCAGGAGUCCCAG